AUGGAGAGAAAUAAAGCAGGCAACAGGAUAAUCUCCUUAUUUGAAGAUUUCACUAAAUGUUGCAAGGACUCUGCAAUCCUUAUGGUAGUAAAAUGCCGCAAAGAAAAUUCUGCAUUGAAAGAAUGUCUAACUGCUUACCAUAAUGAUCCAGCCUUUUAUGAAGAAUGCAAAAUGGAAUACCUGAAGGAAAGGGAAGAAUUCAGAAAAACUGGAAUUCCUACCAAGAAAAGGCUGCAGAAGCUUCCCACAAGCAUGUAGGCAAAUAUUCAAAUGAUACUCAGUAAUGCCAAUGUUCAUGGAAAUCACAGCCACCUGAAAUGAUGGACUCAAAGAA